CCCUAAAGUACCAACUAGAUUCAUUUUUCCAUCGAACAAAAUACUGAAGUUGAAAAUCGAAGCAUUUUAUCGACAACUAAAUCGUAUACAGACUCAAAAAUAAAAAAUAAAAAAUAAAAAUAAAAAACAUCGCAUGUUGAGGAGUAUGAUAUAGGUAACUUAACAAGCACUGUCUACCGCCAUUACUGCUGUUCUCUUAUCAAUACAAUACUGCUUAUACAUAACUAUUAUCGUUUUUACUAAUUUUUACCAGAAAAUAUAAUUUAUAUUUUUUAAAUAUAAUAACAAAAAAUUAAAAAUUGUAUAAAAAAUUACGUAAUGCUAUUUUAUAACUCAUUUGUUAUUUGUCGUCAAUUUUAAUAAUUGUUGUAUUUUUCUACUAGUUUUUAGUUUUUAAUGAUAUUUAUUAAUUGUUAAUCCAAAAGGUUUUAUAAUAACAAUAUGAAAAACAAAUUCGUAUUAGAAUUAAUGUUUCCUUAAUUGUUAGUAUUAAAUUUUUAUGAAGUUUCACAAUUUACAUUAGCUUUACAUUAAUCUGUAAAAUGUAAUGAUUUCUUACAAUUAUGAACUAUUUAAAUCAAUAUAAAAUCCCUACACUAAACGCAAUGCACCAAAAUCCUUUUUCUAAUUCAUCAAAUAAAAAUUGUUCACCCCGUUUUCAUCACCCAACAACCCCAACUAUAGUUGACCGCAUUGUUUUUCCACAAAUGGUUAACGAUGUCAGGUACCAAUCAAGUAAUAUAUUUGAUCCUAGACAUUUAGAUCUACAAAACACGUUGAAAUUAGAUACUCAUUUCAAUGGUAAUGUGGAUUUUUUUAAAAAUCAUGACAAGAAUGAGUUCUAUGACAAUUAUAGAUAUGUGGACACACAGUUACCUUCAAAACAAAAUUCUUAUAAAAAUUCUAGUCGCUCACAGGUUCUUGAAGUUAAAGCAAGGAUAUCAGUAGACGUAUCUACUAUGACCGAUCCUUUGACUUUAGAAGAACAAGAAAGGCUCGGUCAAUGGGAAGGUUUUGCUGCUGUACAGUCUGGUAACAAAGUUGCUGAAUACUUGACUAGUCUGAGAGAAUUUCUUAAGUUAUCUCCACCACAAGAAGGAAAACGAAGACAAGGAUUGGGUGAUGUUAGAAUAGUUACAUCACCUGAUGGUUCUCGGCUAUAUUGCUGUUCUGAAUGCUUAAUGGCAUACACGGAUAAAACAGUUUUGGAACAUCAUUUAGCUAAUCACAAGGUAGAGCGUAGAUUUAUAUGUAUGGAAUGUGGAGCUGGUUUGAAACGAAAAGAGCACUUAGAUAGACAUCAAUUAAGUCAUAGUGAUCAGAGGCCAUACACCUGUGCAGCUUGUCCAAAGACCUUCAAACGUAAUGAACAUUUAGCUCGACAUUAUAUUGUACAUUCUGGAGAAAAAGCACACGUCUGUGUAGAGUGCGGAAAAGCAUUUUAUCGUCGUGAUCAUUUACAAAAACAUGUCCAGGGUCAUAUUACUAAAAGACUCAAAGCGGUAAUCAAUGCUGUUGUUUAAUCAAAAUAAUAAUUAGUUUAAGCUCACAUAAUUAUAGUGCCUUUCUUUACACAUCUAGUCAUUGUUAUUAAUCUGUGUAUUAUUCUGAAUAUAUUAGUGAAAUAUUUUAACUCUGAUUUAAUUGAACUAGGGAAUAUUUAAUUGUUUAAUAUAUAAUAUUUUAAAGCCAUCAAAUUUAAUCUAGAAAUAAUAUUAAAAUAACAUCAAUUAUUUAAGAUAUUAAAUUUUAUUUUAAACGUUGGUUAUUAGUUUGCAGUAUAUGCAAUAUAAACAUUUGAUGGUUGACAAUUAUACAGGACAAUUAAUGCUCAAUGGUUUAAUUAACUAAGAGAAGAGGGGUUUUAUCUGGCAGAUUUUUGGAUAGAUAAUAAUACAAUAUUUGGAUAAUUAUUUACAAUUGGCAUCUUUAACUAUUGCAAUUGACUCCUGGAACAAUUUUAUGAACACUGAAAUGUAGUUCCAAAUAGUAUUUAGUUUGGUGUAAAUAAAUAUUAACUAUGAUAAAACUUUUUAUGGAUUAAGUUAAUUAGUUUCGAAAAACUAUUGUUAAUUUGUAAUAACAAUUUUGUAUAUUUUAAAAUAUGUUAUUAACAAAUGAUUAAAAUUGCCUAAGACCAUACAUAAUUAUUAUUUAUAACAUUUAAAAACUAAAGCUAUAUCUUAUUAGAUUCUGCAAUAGUUGUGUUUUUUUACUUAGUGUUUUAAAAUUUGUUAAAUAUUUUGUUAUGUUUUUGUCAUAUUAUUAUUUUAGUUACCAUAAAUAUUAUGUACAGUUACCUUAUCUGAAAUUAUUGUGUAAUACUAUAUUAGUUCACGUAUUAUGUAUUUAAAUUUUAAGUAUAUGUUUAUAAUACAAAUUAUAAAUGUUUAUUCGUUUAAA